UUUCAUGGUUAGUCUCAAACGGAUUUGAUAAAAAUUUUUACGCGGCUUUUUGAAAAUGAAAAAUGCAAGCAAACAUGAACCAUUAUGUAAGGGAACUACUGUAAUGGAGUCAAUGCCUUUCGUUUAUUGUUUGAAGAGCAGUUUUAGAGGGCAAUUGUGUGAUUUUUGCUUAAAAGCGAAUUCGAGUUUACGAAAAUGUUGCGGCUGUAUGAUAGUAUCUUACUGUGGAAGAGUAUGCCAGCGUGAGGGAUGGAAAGAUCACAAAAUGGAAUGUAAAAAUUUGUUGAAGGUGAAGCCAAAUAUUCCGACAGAUUCAGUACGCCUAAUGGCAAGGCUCAUAAUAAAAUUACAGCGAGGAGGAGAUAUGGAGUCAGAGCAUAUAACAACUGUUUGGUCCAGAAAAUUCAAAGAUUUGUUGUCCCAUCGGAAAGAAAUCAAAGAAGAUGUCAAACGAAUGGAGUAUUUUCUGACCAUCUGUGGUGUCUUAAACGAAUACUUGAGUGACGAGAUCUUGCCAAACGCGGUAGAACUUCUUGGGAUUUACGGUCGGAUGUGCGUGAACAGUUUUAACAUCAUGAAUGGCGAGAUGCAAGCAAUAGGCACUGGUAUUUAUCUAGCACCGUCUAUUCUUGACCAUUCUUGUUCCCCGAAUGCGGUUGUAACUUUUGAUGGCUUCAAACUGAGUGUCCGACUUACUCAAGACUUGCCAAAACUUGACUGGAAUUGCAUUCAUAUCAGUUAUAUUGAUUUAAUGAAUUCCAAGAACCACAGAAAAAAGGAGUUAAAAGAAAGAUAUUACUUUGAUUGCGAUUGUCCACGGUGUCGAUGUGGCAAAAUUGAUUGCUAUCAUUAUGCUGCAAGGUGUCCAAGUUGCCGAAGUCCCAUUGCAGUCAAGAGAGGUGAAGAAUUUCCUCCUUGCUCCUGUGGAUUCCUUCUAGAUUCCUCAUGCAGUAAGCAAUUUUGGAGUGCUGCCGAUUUUAGCGAGCAACAGUUGCUUCUGAUGCAAGACACUAAUUAUUUGGAUGUUUGCAAAUUGUGCCUUACAAAGCAAGAGGAUUCGUUUCAUGAUCUAUGUCUUAUCCGAUCAAAAGUUCUGGAUGCAGCUUUUGACUCAGCAGUUCAGCUUCAGUUAUGGGAAUCGGCCAUUCAAUACGGAUUUCCUCUUGUUCAUGCAUACAAACAUUGGUAUGGUAACGAGCAUCCCCUGACAGCCAUACUCUUGUUGAAAAUUUUCAAAAUUCUGUUGCUUGUUUCGCCAAAUGACGACUCAGUAGCUUUAAAGUAUUACCAGGAAGCGGCUAAGAUAAUCGAGCUGACUCAUGGCAAGGCCAGCAUGUUUUACCAGCAAGAUGUGAAAUCAUUAAUUCGCGAUGUAAAAUGAAGCUGAAAUUUAUUAGAUGCAAAAUGAGUAUGAAAUAUAGCAUAUGCGGAAUGCUUCGUGAUUGCUCAA